UGUGACUUGGUUUUUUUUUUAUUGUGUCAUGUGACAGUUCUCGCCGCCAGAUGUCGCAUCUGCUCACCGCAAUAUUAAUGCAGUUUUGAGAUUUAUCAAGUGUUUUGUUCAGCAUUUACAGCAAAAUGUCAACGAAAAAUCAAAUGAGUGUCUUCAUGGAGAAGUUCAAUACGAAACUACAGUCGUGUCCGAUUGUUUGCAUUACUGAGCCGGAUACGCACAGCGCGAAUACGGAAAUAUUGCAAACAACGCCGGAGAGCACAUUGGAGAAGCCCAAAAAUACAACAACUGUGCACAAUAGCAACAACAGCAGCUGCAUAACAAUCAAUGCAACAACAACUGCAACAGCAGCAACAACAACAGCAACAGCAGCAACUGCAACAGCGGCAACAACAACAAGCAGCACAGCGGGUGUAACAAAAAUCACAAUUACCAGUGACGACAGUCAGAGUAACAACAGCAACAACAGCAGCAGCAGCAACAAUAACAAGAGCAACAUUGUGCUCAACAGCUACAGCAGCAACAGUAAAAGCAGCAACAACUGCAACAUCAGCAGCAAUAACAAUAAUAGUUUGAUAUCUAUUACAAGUUUGAACAGCUGCAGUGAUUUGAGCAACGGCAGCACAGCAACCCUUGCUCUCAGCAACAGCAGCAGCAACAGUUGCUCCCCCAGCAGAAACAGCAGCAACAACAACAACAACAAUCCCAACGGUGGCAGCGAUACUUCCUCAGCUAAUUUUCAAGAACGUUUCGAUUUUGAAAACUGGAAAAGCAUCCUAAGCGAUUUUAGUUGCUUUAAUAGUUUAUAUCGCUACUGGAAUCAAUACAGCGGCAACAGCAGCAGCAACAAUUGCAACAGCAACUGCAACAGCAGCAGCAACAACAACAACAGCUCGUUGCAUGGAGAACAUGCAGAUGAGGGCAACAGUUUGGGCAACGGCGCCAAUUCCUUUUAUACCCAUAAUAUAUUAGGCUAUACAUUUGGCUAUCCAUUUGGCCUUAAAGAAGACGUCGACGCCGACAGCAGCAGCAGCAGCGGCGGCGGCGCUGUUGGGGCAGGCGUUGGCCACACCCUUAAAAGGUCGCACGGCAGCAGCAGCUACAGCGGCAGCAGUGGCAGCGGCAGCGGAGAGACGCCAUUGCAGAAACACUACAGACAACAGCAGAAGAAGAAGAUGCCCGUGUUUAGGGGAAGACGAGCCUGGUGCGGUUGCUUCAAGGAUGACGAACCGCCCGAGAUAUGUGUGGUUGAGGGUGGCUUCACACUGCAAACGCUGACACCGACACAACCGAUGCCCUCGGUGGAUGAGCUGGACACGAAGUUUGCGGAGCUCGUUGAGGAACUGGAUUUGACGGCGCCCAACAAGGAGGCGAUGCUCAGUUUGCCAGCGCAAAAGAAAUGGCAAAUUUAUUGCUCUCGCAAAUUGCCGCUGGAUGCCAACGAUGGUCCCGAUGCGGCAGCUAUAACCCAACCCCCAACAGCCGAGCAUUAUAUCGAACGACUCAAGGAUUUGGUGGUGCAUGUCUCGCUAUCACCGGAGGAUUCACCCAGCCAUGAGUUGAGCACACGUCUGGAUAAUCAUGCCGCCUUUGUGGAUGCCCUCAAGACGGCACUUCGCACCUCAACACACAGUUUUGUGUUGCGUUUUGUGGAAUUGGAUGGUUUGCCGGCACUAUUAAAUCUAUUACUCCAAUUGGACAUUAGGGUGGCGAAUAGUUCACUGCAUACCAGUUUAAUUGGUUGCAUCAAGGCAUUGAUGAAUAAUUCGAUGGGACGUGCUCAUGUCUUGGCACAUCCCACGGCAAUUGAUACGAUUGCACGUUCCUUGGCGGCGGAUAAUAUACGUACCAAGAUAUCGGCAUUGGAGAUACUUGGUGCCGUUUGUUUGGUGCCCGGUGGACAUCGUAAGGUCCUGCAGGCGAUGCUACAUUUUCAGGAGUAUGCCACAGAACGGACACGCUUCCAGAGUAUUGUCAAUGAUUUGGAUCGUUCGACAUAUGCGUAUCGGGAUAAUGUGAAUCUCAAGACGGCUUUAAUGUCCUUUGUGAAUGCGGUGCUCAAUUAUGGUCCUGGUCAGGAGAAUCUCGAGUUUCGUUUGCAUUUGCGCUACGAAUUCUUGAUGCUCGGCAUUCAACCUGUCAUUGAUAAGCUGCGCACGCAUGAGAAUGAAACACUGGACAGGCAUUUGGACUUUUUUGAAAUGGUGCGUGCGGAGGAUGAAAAGGAGUUCGCGCGUCGCUUUAAUGAGGAGCAUGUGGACACGAAAAGCGCCGGCUCCAUGUUCGAGUUGCUGCGUCGCAAGUUGAGCCACUCGCCUGCCUAUCCCCACAUGCUCUCCCUGCUGCAGCAUAUGCUUCUGCUACCCUAUACGGGUCAUUGCACGGAACACUGGCUGCUUAUUGAUCGCGUGGUGCAACAGAUUGUGCUGCAGGUGGAGCAACGACCCAACAGCGAUCUCAUCUCGGAUCCCGAUGAUCCCGGCAAGCAGUUGAAGCUGUCCAGUGAGUCGCCAGUUCACGAUCCCGAUGUGGCGCCACUGCAGAUCGAUGUGGGAAAACUAGUGCGUCUGCUGGUGAAGGAGGAGCAAUUGACACAGGCCCGAAAGCGAGCCGACGAAUUGGAGAAGGAGAACUUUGAUGUGCAGUCGCGUUUGGCCAAAAAGGAGCAGGAACUCGAUCUGCGCAUGCAGGAGAAGGAGGAUCUGGAGACGGGUCUGGCCCGCAUGCGUGAACGGCUCGAGAAGGAGUCGGCACAGCAUUCCCAGGCGGUGCAACGUGCCCAGACCGCCGAAAUGAAGGCCGAGGAUCUGCAGCAUCGUCUGCAGAGUGAGCAACAGGAACGCGCCCGUCUGGAGCGUCUGGUUACCGAGGGCAGCAUUCCGGAUGAUCAAAAGGUGGCCGGCUUAACGGGCUGCAAUGGCGCCGUUUCGCCACCGCCGCCACCACCGCCCAUGUUGAAGGCGGCGCCACCACCGCCACCGCCGAUGGCACCAGCCAUGUUGCCACCACCACCGCCACCAUGUCCCGGCGCUCCUCCACCGCCGCCCAGCAUGACGACAACAAUGGCUCCCGUUGCACCCAAAGUGGAGUUGCCAAAGAAGAACGUGCCACAGCCAGCGAAUCCUCUGAAGAGCUUCAACUGGUCCAAGCUGCCCGAUGCCAAGCUGCAGGGCACCGUCUGGAGUGAGCUCGAUGAGAGUAAACUCUACAACAACAUGGAGCUCGAGUCCAUUGAUAAGCUGUUCUCAGCCUAUCAGAAGAAUGGUGUUUCGACCACCGAUGGAUCCUAUGAGGAUCUGCGGGUAACGGGCAAAAACAAGCAGAAGGUGCUAUCGGUUAUCGAUGGACGUCGCGCUCAGAAUUGCACAAUUUUGUUAAGCAAACUGAAGAUGAGCGACAUGGAUAUAUCCAAAGCUAUUUUGUCCAUGGAUAGCAACGAGCAGCUGGCAUUGGACAUGGUGGAGCAGCUGUUGAAGUUUACGCCCUCGGCUGAGGAGCGUGCAUUGCUGGACGAGCACAGUGAGGAUAUUGAAUCAUUGGCACGUGCGGAUCGUUUCCUCUACGAGAUAUCCAAGAUACCGCAUUACGAGCAGAGAUUAAAGAGUUUGCACUACAAGAAGCGUUUCAUGCUGACGGUAAAUGAUCUAAUACCGCGCAUUACCAGUGUCAUGGAGGCAUCCAGGGAGGUGGCACGUUCCCGACGACUCCGCAAGCUGCUCGAGCUUGUCCUUGCAUUGGGCAACUACAUGAAUCGUGGGGCACGGGGAAAUGCCUCGGGCUUUAGACUUGCGUCGUUGAAUCGUCUGGCGGAUACGAAGUCAAGUGCGGCAAAGGGAACCACAUUGUUGCACUACCUGGUGCAGGUGAUUGAGAAGAAGUUCAAGGAUCUGCUGAAGCUGGAGGAUGAUAUACCGCAUGUGCGUGAGGCAUCCAAGGUGUCGCUGGGUGAGAUGGACAAGGAUAUACAAAUGUUGCGCACUGGAUUGGCGGAUGUGGCACGUGAAAUUGAAUUCCAUCGGAGUUCGGGACCAGCUCAACAGGGCGAUCGCUUUUUGCCCGUGAUGAGGGAGUUCCAUGCACAGGCAUCGGUGCGCUUUGCCGAGCUGGAGGAUAAGUUCCAGGAUAUGAAGACACGCUUUGAUCGUGCGGUGCGUUUGUUUGGCGAAGAUGGUUCCGUAUUGCAACCGGAUGAAUUCUUUGGCAUCUUUGACUCAUUCCUGGCCGCAUUUGCGGAGGCGCGACAUGACAACGAGAGCUUCCGCCGGCGCCAGGAGGAGGAGGAGAAGCGGGCCAAACAGGAGGCGGAGCUCAAGAAGCGCACCAUUGAGCGUAAAAAUAAAUCCGGUUUAAUGAGCAGCGUUGCUCGCAAUCUGGGACUCAAAUCCUCAACGCACAACGGCAGCUCCUCCUCCGCCGGAGGCGAUGGCGGCGCCAAGGGCGAUAACAAGGGUGAAUUUGAUGAUCUGAUCUCGGCACUGCGCACUGGCGAUGUCUUUGGCGAGGAUAUGGCCAAGUUUAAGCGGUCCCGCAAGGCGCGUGUUCUCAACGGCUCGACACCCGGACCCGGCCAAACUUCCCCGCCGCGUCAUGGCAGCCUGCAGCGUGAGGAGAGCGGACGGGAACGUGAGCGUACAGUGAGGCGUCAAUAGUGAAUGCCAGCUCCACAAUUAUUGUUGUAGUUUCCCCUCCAAAAA